AUGAGUGUGGGUCUGGACGUGGUUGCACUUGCGCGGCAGCUCCGGGAUUUGAAUUUCGACGAGAGCACUAUCGUGCAGAUAUGCAAACAGGAGCGUGAGGAGCAUGAGCGCAAGGAGAAGGAGGAGCGUGAGCGCAAGGAGAAGCUGAAUGAAGUGGUUGGUGCAUCAAUACCCGACCUCUCUCCCUCACUCACCCGCUGUGCAACAAUGCAAUUGUCUGGGAUGAAGGAUGGUGCAAUGCCUCUUCUCACUUGUCGGUGUCGGCGUGCUUGUCAGUGUACUUUCCUUGAGAACCAUUUCGAGGUUCCUCGAGGCCAUAACCUGUUGGAUCGUCUAGCAACCAUGUCAACCGACCAAUUUUCUCUACUGUGCUAUCGAUACCAGCAUCACCUAGUCAACAGUGACUUUCUUCAGACCUAUCUGUCCAUUACAGGGCACACUUGGGUUCGAAAGGCGUCUCCAAGUGAGGCAGCAGGCUAUUUGCCUGAGAAGCCACCUUCCGAGACUCCAAGGAUUAGUGACAUCAACAGCAAUGACAAGAUCUUUGGCAUUGUGGUGCUGCCUCCGAGCUCUCAUUACUUGGCCCUUGAGAUCGUUCAGCAAGCUGAAGCGCUGUUGUCUCCUGAUGUCGUUCUGCCUCAAGAAGGCAUCCAUACCGAUUUGAUAUCCGCAUAUUCGUGCCUCAGCCACGUGCACGCGACCCUGAGGCACGAGCCUUACUUCUCGACGGUUAUUACACCGGCUUUGCACGAGCACUUUGUCACGACUGUAGUCAGCCCUGAGCAGGAACCAGUCAGGAAGGUCGUGCGCUUUUCACACCAGGCAUCAAUCGGCAGCGGCGCCACGCACGCUGACUGGGUGGGAGUUGACUCCCAGUGGCAUCCGGUCGUCAUGGGCGAGUGCAAAAUGGAACGCAAGCACUUUGACAACUUUGGUGGCCAAGUGGGCAACGAGGUUGUGCGGCUUGGCAUCCUGCCGACGAAAUACGAUAUGCGACAGGAAAGGCAACACCUGUUCUAUCCUCUCACCAACAUCAACGUGUGUAAGGACAUUGUGACCGCCUAUCUGGUCCUGCACGUGACGCGCCCAAAGGAGGUUGAGGUGGUCGCAGACAUGUUUGACUUGCGCGAAGCAAAUAAGACAUACUUUCUGGCCUUUCUUCGACUUGGAUCCGCCAAAAUUUCGACCGACGCCAACGACCAGCGGGCUGUCUGGGCGCUUUUGACAGCCUGCAAGGAUUUUGUCACGAAUCGCCUGCCUGGUAUCAUCGAAGCCCGUCGUGGCAACAAGUUUCAGCUGCCAUCCGACUGCGAGCCCUUUCCCUGCCCGGAUCGGGGCAUGAAGGGUUGGACAUGUAGCGCCGCGUACGGGCCCAACGUGCAGGUUUACGAACGUCAGUCGGAGUCGUGGGUCAUCAAGCACUACGACUACUGGGGUCGCCGAUCUGGGGCUUUGAGCACAUGUUUGUAUCAGAUUGCUCCCACUGAUGUUCGCGAGCCGCCGUUCGAGGUGCUGGAAGCGCUUGGCGCGUUGGAAAAGACUGGCACGUUUUACAAGGCGUGGGUGGUGGACACCCUCGCGGAGGGUGUGAAGCUCCUCCGAUACCCGCGGGUGAAGACAGCUCCAUGCGGCCGCAAUGCGCACAAACAGCUGGCCAGCGUUGUUGAGCAGGUGCAAGCGUUGCACAAUUUUGGCAUUGUGCACGGCGACAUCUUGCUCCGCAACAUACUUUUUUGCAACAGCUGGCAGCUGGAGGAUUGGAUGACCAAGCCGCCAGGCUGGAAGAUGGAAGAUCAAACCAACGACGAGGAUAAAACGCCAUCCCCAAGCCGAGCGCCUUCGCAAGAAGAGAGAAAGCCCUCAGUGAAAGCAGCCUCAAUGGACGCGGCCUCAGCGGCGCCAGCGCCUACAGCGGAAGCAAAUGCGGCAACUGAAGAAGCGACAGCAGAGGAGCCGGUGGCUUUCCUGAUUGACUUUGACUUGAGUCGGAAUGAAGGCGAACAGUAUGUGUCUGGUUACAACUGCGCAGGCAGUCUCAAGAAGUUCCGUCACCCCAAAGCUCGGCAAAAUCUGCCGCUACAAAAGUCUCAUGAUGGCUAUGCAUUGGCUCGCGUGGCUGAGAGCAUUCUUGUGGCAAAUGGUGCCCGUGCGAAAUUGGUCAAGGCGUUGGAGAAGUUGCAAUUCAAUAAUGCGAUCAAAUUGUGCAAUGAGUGUACUGGCCUCGAAGAGGUGAAGAUGGCCUUCGCGGCGUCUGGUAGUCCACCGCGCUGCAAACCUCGCUCAAACUCGAACACUAGCACUUCUGCUCGCGCAACCUCGAGCACUAGCACUUCUGCUCGCGCAACCUCGAGCACUAGCACUUCUGCUCGCGCAACCUCGAGCACUAGCACUUCUGCUCGCGCAACCUCGAGCACUAGCACUUCUGCUCAUUCUUCGCAAAGUCUGUUCAAUGAUUUGUCUCCUUGCCAGCUCAAUUCGAUUGAAGAGGGCAAAACCAGCACGUGA